CAGUGUCAGCUGCUCUCAUGCAACACGCUCACAUGCCGGCAGGACGUUACUUCACAAUAACAUAGAAUGCGAUGUAGAGAGCUAGUCUUCUAUGCAUGGACAACUGUAUAUCUGGACUAAGCGUCGGAUCAGGUGGAAGCAGUAAACGGGCUUGACUCCUGUGGUGGAUUUCCACGCCCAGCUCCAGCUGUAUUCGCCUUCAAUCGGAUGAAAUCGUACAGACGGCCGCUCAGAUAAGUUCUGUCCUCACACCCAUGGUGGUGAACCUGACUGAUGGAAAGGAAGGCUGUCAAACAGCUCAACAUGGUCUCCAGGCUGCCCAAGUUUGCUUCCCGUCCCUCAGGCACCACCAUGACCGCCCUUCCCCAAGGAUCUACCCUCCCAGUUUCCUCCUCAGAGUCUAAAGGUGGACCUCUAGUCAGGCACAAUAAUUUGACACGUCUGCAAUCCCUAAAUUGGAGAAAGGGUGAAGAGGACAUUGGAAAUAAAGGUCAAGACUCUGACAGCUUGGAUGAGGAGACUAGUGUGACUAGUGUAACACCAGUGAUGGUGACUAAAAAGCCUUCCCCUGCAGCUGCAGUAAAAUGUAAAAGUGCAGCUCCCACUUCACAAAGUAGUUGCCCCAGGAGCAUACCCCAGCCUAGCAAAACCUUUUCCCGCAUGACUACUCCCAAACGCCCCUCAACAGGGAAUCCCCUGUAUAAUGACAUGGCUUCUCAGAAUGGAGCAAGUGUUGGUAAUGGGCGAUGUGGCUUCUCAGGGCCCGGUGUUGGUCAUGUAUCCCAACAAAGAACCCUGCAGAGCAAACUAUCCCUGUCCAACGACAGCAUCAAGUCUGACUCUAAAGACGGCAUAGUGCGCUCUCAGAGUUUCACCCACUCCAAGAGGGCAACAUGCCCCACCAACCCACCUAUUACCCGUUCCUUCUCCUUUAACAAGGCUACAGAGCUUGCUAAAGAACUUCCCAGACCAUUAGCACAGUCUCCAGUGGCUAAAUCACCCCUCAUACAGCCAAAUACAGUAUUAUGCGAAGAGAAAGUAAAUAAAUAUGGAAUUCCAAGGCCUGCUGUUACUACUAGCAGUCAUCUUUUGCAGACGAACACAAUAAAGAAAUCCCUUUUGCCCAGCUUUUCAGGUAACAAACCUUCUGUGCUCAGUUAUAGACUUACACGUCCAACACUAACCAAACAUCCCCGUCCUGUUCUCUUUGGAACUGUCCAAAAAGAUGCAGAAUUGAGUAAAAAUGUCCAAGACACUACGAAGAUUCUACAUGACACUACAGAAACCAGUUCAGAACCAAGUAGCAAUGUUGAAAGUAUUGAAACUACCCCAGAUGAGACUUAUUUUGAAGCAAAGGAGGCUGAGGGAAGUCUGGGCCCCUCCUUGGAGGAUAUGUCGCUAUCAUCGUCCUCCUCUGUGGAGCACAAUGACACUAGUGAAGAGUACAUAGAUGACUUUGAUAAUCUCGGGAAUGGAGGUGAGACCCUUCUGCUGCCUGUCCUCAACGAGGGGUUAGCCCAAUUCGGACUAUGUAAAGAUGACAACGAUCUAAUUGGCAAGUGCGAUGAGGAAUCAUCUGUGUCCAGCCUGCACACCUUCUUAUCCGAAACUGUUGACUGGGCUGGGAUGGGCCUCGCAGCUGGUGAAGAUGGCUUUGAACAUGAGACGUUGUCUCCUGUAGGUGAUUUUCCUCAUGGAUCUUCUUUGGACCUGUCACCCUCAGACAGCUCUGGAGGGACUUACAUGUGGGACGAAGAGGGAAUGGAGGCACUGGGAGGCUCUGGACACCCCUGUGGAAGCUUUGCCUCUGAUCUCAACAGCAUGGACAUUCUCGACAACCUGGAGAAUGUGGAGUCAUGUGACCUGGAGGAAGAUGACCUCAUGUUGGAUUUGGACCUGUCUGAAGAUGCAUCUUUACACAGCGACACUGAUGGGACAUCACCUUAUGAAUGCUCUGAAAAAGAUGGCUGGCCAAUUCAGAGGAGGAGACGACAGCAGCUCUGGGGCAGGCGUGAUCAGUUCUGCCGUGAAAACAGAAGUGUCAUUUUCCAGUCGUUUGACGGCCGCAAAGAACCGGGGCUGGAGAGGUCAGACCAGGUGACAUUGGUUGAGUUGAAACUCAUGACUCAAGACUGCUCUUCUGUCAAAGAACAGCUGCUUCAACUGAAGACACUGCUUCAGAUGGAGACAGAUAGUUCAGUUGAGGAUACUUUAGAGGCUAAUACUCCAUCAUCCACUGACCAAUCUUUACUUGAUCAGAAGGUGGCACUGCUCCUGAAAGAGGUUCAAGAACUGAGAAAUGAGCUCAGAAGCAAAGACCGAAUGAUCGCUGAACUUUCCCAGCAGCUGUCUUCUCCAGUUGAGGAUAUGCAGUGCCGCUGCUUGCAGGGCUCAGAGGCUAACAAGGAGUCACCGGAGCACCAGCACAAGGAUACUCAAACCUUGUGGAAGGCACAUAAUAUCACUGUCAAUGUGAACACACCAUUAGAAGUUUCUCUACAUGGGCAUUUUGCUUGCCCCUAUCCUCUCCUCUUGGCAACACUCACAGCGGGGGAGUGUGCGGCCAUGCGCACCACGUCACCACAGACAGAGAGUGGAGCAUCUAGUACAUUACUUCAGAGACACUGCGUGCUUCAAAUACUACAGACUCCCAGAUUCUUACCCAACAAGCUCCACAACCAUGAAGGACUGUCAAGUCCAACCUCUUCAGAGGCCCCUUGUGACGGUUUGGAUGCCGAGCCUGGUCACCAUCCACUGAUGCCCCAGUCCUGCUCCCCAGACCUACAAAGUCCCAUCACUGUUGAGUCUACCCCAAACUGUGCUAUACCAACGGUAACUAUAUCUGCUGAUAGCUCUGCUGCCUUCUCUUCUAGAACUUUUCAGAGCUCUGAUCCUGUUGAGCUUGGCCUCAUGAGCAGCCAGGUUAAAAUCAAUGAGCCAGCAAUCCCACCAGCUUCUGCCAGCUUUUGCUGUAAGCUAGAGAGAGGUAUACAAAAACUUCCUUUGAGAAGAAGCAAUUUUUCAACCCUACAGCCACCCACUUCUAUUAAGAGAGCUUCGACACUCAUCAAGCCCCAGGAAGUACAAAGGGUCAGUGUGUUCACCGGAGCCCUGGGUAGGUUUGGCGCCACAGGUCUAUCCAGAACAAGACGUCAACCUUUAUCAGCUGCCGGACUGCUUUGCAUCAAGCCAGCCCGACAAACUACCAUGCACAGCACCACUGCGCCAAUACUUAACCAACAAAAUCAAGGGUGCAGACAGUCUUUAUUGCUCAGAAACAUAGAAAGCAGUUUGCCCAGAGCCAGUGCCCCCCUCCAGCCCAAACAUUCCCGCCUUCCUAAGCCAAAGACAAUUUCUUCUCAACCAAACCCUGCGGCUCAACAAGGUCAAACAACAACCUCCCCUGCUCUGCUUUCUCAUAUGCUUCAACAAUUCUAGAUUAGCUAAGCAGGGCUUUGGGCAUCCCACCAGAGUAUAGAAAAGCUGCUUCUUAAGGCCCUGCUUGUAAGGCAUUAAAGUUUCCUGGCAGUUAUGCUUACUAUGUACAAAACAUGAAUUAAUGCACUUAGUAAGAUUGUAAGAGACACUAUUGUUAAACUUGUACCUAUGCACCUUGCAUAAGAUAUUGCUCCUCUGAUAGAUUAGCAAGGCGACACUUCUCUAGGAUAACGACCAAAACCAAGUAGUGUUGUUAUUGCUCCCACAUGAGUUUUUUAUAUUGGUCUCAUUGAUUCUGUUGAGAGAGACUUGCUUUUUCCUUUCUUAACUACCACCACGGUAUGUGCACCGCGUGGGCCAUGAUGAAGGGGUGCCCAUUGAGAUUUUCAGAGGAGCCGUCUCUUCCAAUUGCUUCUCUACCCAUCUCUCUUUGUACCUUUGUUCUUUGCCACUAGCAUGGAGAUUGUCUCCUGCUGGAAUUGGCCUCCCACCACCGUACCUAAUGAGAGCAAGUUCUUGAAGCCAAGCCAAUCUUAAUGGCAGAAUGAGUUGUAAGGCCAUGAACAAUGUAAAAUGUUAAGAAAAAAAGGGGAAUAUUAGCCUAUACAGUGGGGGAGUUUGAAAUGCAAGGUUACUUUACAAUUACAGUGAUUUCACCAAGUAGGACAUGUUUUUGAUUGUUGGUCCACAUUCCUCAGAUUUAAGCGAUAGGAACAGAGACCUAUAAGGGAUAGGGAAUUAUAUAUAUGUGUAUAUAUAUGUGUGUGUGUGUGUGUAUGUGUGUAUAUAUAUAUAUAUAUAUAUAUAUAUAUAUAUAUAUAUAUAUAUAUAUAUAUAUAUAUAUAUUUUAUAUAUACAACAGUUCUUUAGCGAGUGUCAUGGCGGACGCCCAAAUGCGGUUGUGGCUAGAAGGGAUAGAGCUCCAACCGGAAACUAACAAUGAAAUUUAAUUUUCUACCUAUUAGAUGUGUUUUAUUAACGUCUACACCUACCCCUACCCUAAACAUCUGACAUCUCUCUCAAUCUCUCUUUCUUACCCCUUACAAUAAUGCAAAAAUAGUAAUUAUUAUUGUACAGUGUAACAACAAUUACGUUAUAUUUAUGUGCGCAUGCCCAUUAGCCCCAGCUGUCUCCCUUCUAGCCUUAACCUCCAAAAUCCACUAUUUAAACUAAUGUAUUAUUGUGAAUAUGAGAUUGAGCUGAAGAAUGAAUGCUGUAUCAGUUGCUGGUAAUCACACUCGCUGAGUCAGUCUCUCUUUCAUAAUACUCUACUACACAUUACACACUGCUUUUAAUACAGUAAUACAAUAAGCUUUUAAUGAAGCAAAUCAACAUUCCUUCGUUGCUAUUUCUAAAAUGACGUUUUCGAAUUAGUAAUGGAGGCUCGGGCUCAGCUGUUAAACUGUCAACUUUAGAUUUGAAUCUAUGGUGGAAGGAAGUAGUUCUGCACAAAAGAGGGCUUUUAAAGACACUCCGUUGUUGUUCCUAAUUUAUUUACACACUCGUGCCAUCGAACUGUUGUAUAAACGCAAUAUCACACUCGUAGACAUGAGAUAUGGCUGUAUAUCAGCAUGCUGUGAUUACCUACGGCUCUCGGCUUUUUACAUCCAGGCUAUACCUGAUUAUAAUUAAAUACUACACUCCUCAAUUUCUUCUUAGCUUAUUUGGUUUUUGUUCUAAAAGUGAGGAAUAGUAAUUAUAUAUAUAUAUAUAUAUAUAUAUAGCCUUAUUCCCCUUUUCUCACAGUCUCUACUUUCACACAGUUUGGAAAUGGGAAACAUCUCCCCACUUUAUCCACUCUUGUUGUUCAAUCUUAUGAAAAAUAAAAUGUCCAAGCUUUGCGGCAGCAUCCCCCAACUUUCAUUCCACAUCUAUUCACAACAAGAUUCAGGUUGCCUGGUUGCCUUAGCAAACAUUGCAGGAAAUGGUUAGCGCAGACACUGACUUGUCUGGUGCGAAUCUGUCAGGCCCUUCAGUCAGAGCGACAGCUUUCUACAUGAGUCAAACUGUUUAUCCCUGCAUCUCAGUUCAUACUUUUUCAUUUAUCUCGUCCAUCCUUUGCCACUUCAACAUGCUUGCAGAUGUCAUUUAAUAAAGCUGUCGAGAUGGCAUCCACAUUGCAUUAGACACUAUUGAUGUUAAAAGGGUUUUAAUGAUACAGAUCCUUAAUACGGUGGAGAGGAACCUGACGCAAUAGCUAGAUUACCGCCAAACCCUCACCCUAAUCCCCAAAUCCUCUUCAACGCACACUCACCUCACAAAAUUCUCCCAUCGCUACUUCUAUUCUCUGCUUGUGGCCUCAGCUAUUGCUGGAGAGAGUAUACUGUAGAUUUGAGUGAGUAGACAAUAUCUCUUCUGAUGAACCGUAGAUGAGAUGAGGUGUUCUUUUGCUAAAGUGCUUUGAAGUGAAGACGUUCUGAGACUCUAUCGAUGGAGGAGAGUAGAGCCCUUACUGAAGGCUCAAGCAAACAAUUUAGUAUAUUAUAGUUUCUCAUUCUACUGACAGCCAGCAAUAUACAUAGCAGUGUUUUCCUACUUAAACAUGAAACAAGUAGCUGCAAAGCUUCUUUGAUUAUGAAUAUCAUCAAAGUAUAAUGGAUAAAUGUUAUUGAACCUAAAACGACUGUCUGGUGUACUUGGCCGCGUUGUGUUCUCCUUUGUACACAAUUAACAUUCACACAAGUGUCUUAGAGAAGUGUGCUUAGUUUUGCUUGGAAUGUAUACUUGUGCUAUCUAUGUUGUCACCUAAUGCCAUGACAUUCAUACAUUCAAAUCCUUUUUGGCAUUUACCACUCAGCCCAGCUACUGUGUUUGCACUCCAGUAGUUUGCUGGAACCAUUGAAAUCUAAUUUAGGACAUUUCAGUUAUAUUGCUGUGGCGAUGUAGAGAGGAAAGGAAGGAUCAAUAUGCAAACAACCAGAGUUGGACACUCUUAUGCCUGUACUCUUUUCUUGUCUCCACUCCACUAAUACUCAAUUUAAUUUGACCAUCUAACAAUAAAUAAAACUUACAAACAGGCUGAAUGCAACACAGUGCAAUGCUCUCUGUGUUCAGAGAAUAAUUUGAUCCAGCUAAGGCAAAGUGGGCAGGAGCAGGACCGAAAAAUCCGACCUCUACCUGCAGGCUUUUGCGGGUGGGAGCAGGUCAAAAUAUUACAUCAAUUUUGCAGGAGUGGGCCAGAAUCUCACAGGAACAAGCUGGAGCCAGUCUGAAAAAUCCAAGAAAUGUUAUGUGGUACACUACUGUCUUGACAUCAGUAUAACGGUUUAGAAACUAGAAAAUAAUGUCUAUCACUUUUAUUUUAAAUCUGUAUAAAAUGCACAAAUGUUAAAAUGCUUCUGUGGCCUCACCAUUUUUGUGGAUUACUUGAAAUUUUUGAUUUGUAGCUAUAUAAUACUUGUCUUUUGUCUUUUGUGAUGGAACCUACAAUGUACAAUGUAUAUAAUGCACACUAGUUUAUUGGGGAGAUGAGGGUUUACUUAAAUGAGGGUUUCAGCUUCUGAUUUCUUUUGCCACAACUGACGCAUGUAAACGUUUAAGGAACAAUAUCACUGUCAUUACUGUUUGUCCCCUUGUAGUAUUAGAUAUAUAGUAUCAGAUGCAGCAACAUGUUAAUGCAUAACGGAGACACAUUUAUUUGCUCUUUUAGUAAUGGUUUUAUUGUUCUUUAUGUUGUAUACCAUCUGUUAACUUAAUUUGUUCUACAUUAUAACUGUAUGAAUAUUGCACUGCCUUUUAAUGUAAAUUUCUUUUCAAACUUAAUUUAUUUGUGCAUUUCCAAGUGUGUGUGUGUGUGUAUGUUACUGAUAAAAGAAUACCCCUUAAUCAGAUAUGCACUUUAAAUGUAGAGAUGAGAGAUGUUUUCAUGUGCUUUGCGUCUCUUCAUGAAGCUGAGUGUACAAGAGCUCUAAAUAAAGACAGCACCAAAAGCUACUGCAAUCUUUUUUGUCCAAGUUUGUGUAUGUCUGUGCUUCCUGGUUUCAAAUAGCACUUCACAGAAGUGUGUUUUACUGGGUCUUAUUUUCUGGUAUCUGUAGGUCUGAAUAUUGUCCAACCAAACAAUGAAUGUGAGGCCUGCUGAGGGUAAUGGAUUAUUAUUUUAUUUUAUUUUAUUUUUUUGCCUUAUUAUGAUGUACAGUGUAAUUAUAUAUUUAAGUACUGAGUAAUAUGAAUUAGCUACAGGUACUUACUAUACGGUUAGGGUUACUUGCAUGUAAUUAUGCAUAAUUUAUUGUUAUUAUAAUAGCAAGUACGUGUAACGUGCAACAAGGAGACCUUAAAAUAAAGUUUUACCUGUACAUCUGAAUG